AUUUUAUAAUCGCUUCAAAUAUAUUUGUGGCCAUUUUAGGUCAUUUGACGUUUUUUCACAAAUGUUCAUACGAUCUAGUGGACCCUAACCUCUAGUUACUUCACUCAUUUCACUAAUAUCUAUUUAUUAAACCAUUUUGGAAUAUGACAAAUAUCGAAACAUAUUCUGUAACUUAUGUUACAACGCCAAAUUAUGAUCUUGCUCAUGAUAUAUCACAAAAAUUAGUCAAAGAAAAUUUGGCUGCCUGUGUUAAUAUCAUUCCCAAAAUUAAAUCAAUCUAUAAAUGGAAGGGUAUAAUACAAGAAGAUGAAGAAUACUUUAUGAUAAUCAAAUCUAAAAAUUCUCUUUUUAAUGAAAUGUCAGAGUGCAUCAAAAAUAUGCAUCCAUAUGACACCCCAGAAAUUAUAUCCUUACCAGAAAUCAAUCAUAAACUGACUAAAAUUCCUGGACCCAGAUUCAAGAUAAAUUAGGGUUAAAAACCUAAAUAUUUUUGGGUUUAGGUGCCUAACUUGGCUAAAAAGUUUUAUGCUUAGGCAGCUGACCAGACUUUGGGUCAGAUGGUACAGGUAAGCAUUUUUCAAAAUUAAUAAAUAUUCACCUUAAAAAAUAUGUUAAUUUUUAAAUCUAAUGAUUCUACGUUUUUUGAUAUUUCUUUUUAAUGGCAGGGUAAUAUAAUAACAUGUCAUAAUAUCUUCAUCAUCCCAAAAUGAAGAAACUCCUAGAUAAAGGCAAAUAAUAAAUAUGUAUGAAAUUACUAUAUCUUUAUUCCCUUAAAUUUUACUGACACUGUUUUUUCUUUCCCAGUUUUUUUGGCUAAAUUAUUUUUCCUGCAGUUUUUAUUUUAUACUUUAAC